AUGAGCAGCAACAUUGGAAUACCUAUCAAGCUUUUACAUGAAGCCGAAUCACAUAUAAUAUCACUGGAAACAAAAUCGGGUGAACUCUACAGAGGAAAACUUAUUGAAGCCGAAGAUAGUAUGAAUGUACAACUUGUGGAUGUUACUGUAACACAUAGAAAUGGCCAACAAUCUGCCAUGAAUACUGUAUAUAUUAGAGGAAGUAAAAUUAGAUACUUUGUUUUGCCGGAUAUUCUUCAAAAAGCACCAAUGUUUAAAGUUGUUGAUUCAACUGUAAAAGGUCAAGGAAGAGGAUAUGGUUCUCAAACUAAAGUACAUAGAGGUUCAGGACUUGGACUCGGAUAUGGUGUCGGUAGAGGAAGAGUUACAGCUCGAGGAGGUGGACGAGGUGGAUCAUCUAAAUAA